AUGGGUUCAUGUAGUUCAAAAAAAUAGAAGAGAAUAAUCUUAGAUAAAUCACAUCAAUAGACAACUUCCAAUAGUGUUACUCCUAUCAAACCAAAAAACUUGACUUUGAAUUUACAAAAAAUCUAAUAUGUUGAUUUGGAGGGUAAAGAAAAGAAGGAACCUAAAGAUGAUUAAAAGCCCUCUCCUCCACCAAAGCUUUAUUUUGAUGGAAAUUAAUUGAAUGCUCAAAAAGAGAGCAUUUUUGGAAGACCAAAAGUUUAGAGUAUAAGACUGAACUAAUAAAAUUAAUAUAAUCAAAAGGAGGAAAUCAUUUUUGGAAGAAAGGUUCGUUACUCCCAUUCUCAUCUGUAAAAAUGA